UCUGAAAAGCCUCUUUCUUCUGCUGUCCUCUACGGCCAUUCUACCAUGAGCACUUCUACUCCAUCCACAGCUAAUGGCAACGAUAGCAGACAGUUUAAAGGAGAUCGUUCUCCCUGUGGUCCUUCCCGAGUGCUCCACGUCCGCAAGGUUCCCAUCGAGGUGUCUGAGGCUGAGCUCAUCUCUCUAGGAGUCCCUUUCGGUAGAGUCACUAACCUGUUGAUGCUCAAAGGGAAAAACCAGGCUUUUAUAGAAAUGGCUUCAGAGGAGGCAGCGAUCACCAUGGUGAACUACUACACCACAGCAACACCUCACGUACGCAACCAGCCAGUCUACAUCCAGUACUCCAACCACCGCGAGCUCAAGACAGACAACCUGCCCAAUCAGGGGUGA